AGUCCGUCUCUCGAACGGGUCUCUGCGCCUGCGCAAUCUUCUCGUGCGUUCGACCUCCACCCGUCACAGAUCAUCAUCUCCUGCUGCCGUGGUUGACCUGACGAGGACGUGCUGUCGUGAUGUAUGCCUGUGCUAAGUUCGCCUCCACUCCCUCCCUGGUCCGUGUUGGAUCUCGGGUUCUGUACAGGCCGCUGUCAGCAGCUGUAGUGUCCGAUGCCAAGAGGGCAGAGACCGCUGCACUCCUGCCAGCGCAUGGCACCGCCAUCUCCCAGCAAAUGGUGACGCUGCGUGGGUUUCAGACGAGCGCGGUGAGCCGUGACAUUGACACCGCCGCCAAGUUUAUCGGUGCUGGAGCCGCCACGGUGGGAGUGGCCGGCUCUGGAGCCGGUAUCGGUACCGUGUUCGGUAGCCUCAUCAUCGGCUAUGCCAGGAACCCCUCACUGAAGCAGCAGCUGUUCUCCUACGCUAUCCUGGGCUUUGCUCUGUCCGAGGCCAUGGGUCUCUUCUGUCUGAUGGUGGCGUUCCUCAUUCUGUUUGCCAUGUAACCCAGGAAGGUGUUCCAUUGCUGCCACCGACACGUUAUCACGAAAGAGCCGUUGAAUGGUACUGCAAGUUAAUCCAAACAUGGUGCUUAGUCGUCAUCUUCGUCUGUUUUGAUUGUUAAACCCCUGACCUGCAGAAUUUGGCUAAGGUUUUACUAGUAUAUUGUAUAUUUAAACAAUUUUUUUUGUUAAAUAUCCUGGAACAACAGUAAAAACAUUUAAUUUGUGAA